AUGCAGUAUCUUCUUUAUCAACUCAAGGAAGGGGAGUUGAAAACUUGUCAUUACCAGGGUGUUUGUCAAUUUCUUGACAAAAAUACUUCGUUGAAGAAGGCCAAGGAUGUCCUUGGUCAGCGUGCGCAUUGCGAGCCGAUGAAGGCGAAGAAUCCUCUUGAUGCGGUUAAUUAUUGUCGGAAGGAGAAGGGUCGUUUGGAUGGCCCUUGGGAGUAUGGCGAACUCUUGGUGCGACGUUCUAAUAAGCGGAAGUUGGCGAAGCUUGAAGAAGAAUAUGAUGCGAACCCUGAGGAGUUCAAAUUAAAGAAUCCCGAUUUGGCUAACAUCAACCUAAACAAGACGCCCCUCGAUUAUGCAGAAGAACAGACUCGCAUGUGGCCGCAAGGCUACCCUGGAAGUAAUGUUCGAUGGGAUAAAUCAUUCAAUUGUUUGAAGAAUUCAAGUCGCCCCUGUAUUGCAUGA